GCAUUGGAGCAUUAUAAACACCCAGAGCGGGGAAGGAAGCCGCUCUUGAUACACAAGUAAUCCUUAUAGAGCUCUAGGAAGGGACUUCAUACCAGACCCGCUGCUGUAGCUGCUGCGGCUGCAUGUUUUUUGAGAAGAAAGAGGAGUUUGCGCGCAGCUGCCGAGUCGCAGCUUGAAGUUUUUUAAACUUAAGAGAUUUUUUUUUCUUCUCCUUUUGAACAUUUUUAACAGAAGACAGUUUCUUUUGCUAUGGUUAUUGGCGGAAAGUAAUUUUUUCUCCUUUUUUUUUUUAUUUAUUUCAAUUUUUCACUUUUUUAUCCAGAUGUUUAGAGAGACUUGGAGGCUGGCACAGUACCACACCAUGAGGUCGAUGGAUCAAGAUGACCCCAACCUUGCACCUCACAAAGUCCUCAACCCUGAGUCUGAGCAGGCUUUCCCUCUGGAGGUGGCCUCCCCGUACGGCAUCAAGUCCUGCAGUCCCUCCUACAGUGACCACAACACUGAGGUUCUCUCAGGAUAUGAGAACCAGGAGGCUAGACACUACCUGGACAGUACCCGGCCUGCAGGUCUGGCCCUGAGCCCACGCAUCGAAAUCACCCCCUCCCGUGAGCACUACAACCAUUGUCGGGACUCCCUGCAGAACCACCACCUGAACAUUAGCCCCAGACCCACCCUCACUGUGCCAGGCCAUGAAAACCUCGCCUACCGUGAGCCUCAGUGCCUGAGCCCCGCCAGCAGCAACUCCUCCACCAGCUGGCACUCAGAGAGUUACUCCCCCUGGGCGUCUCCUUGUGUGUCCCCCAGCAGUGGCCAGAACCCCGGAGACCUCUGCCCCAGGUUACAGAACAUCCACACUGGUUCCCCGCGCACGUCCCCGGGCACCUCUCCUCGCACCAGCCUAGCUGAGGACGGCUGCCUGGGACCCCGCUCGCCCUCCUCCAGACCUGGCUCCCGCUCCACCUCCCCGCAGGGCAAACGCACCUACGACAUGUACAGGAAUCCAGGCUUAGUGCCCGGGCACCGCUCCCGCAGCCCCUCCCCCCACAGUGGCCAUGAAGAUCACAACAUAGGUGCCCACUAUACGCACAGCAGCCUCGCUGAUGCCAUGAAUGGUUUUGGCACCAGUCAGCCAGGCCUGGUGCCCACUAAAAUAGUCAAGACGUCCAACCAGGUUUACACUCUGUACCCAGAGAACCACGCAGAAGGGAACUACUUGGUGUCCUGCGACCAGGACAUAAAACCCAAACCUGCUACAGAGAAUUUCUUUGUUAUCCCUCCGAUCUGGUCCAAGCCGCUGGUUUCUAGCCUCUGCAGCAUCCCUGUGGCCUCUCUCCCCCCGCUGGAGUGGCCAAUGCCCAGUCGCACAGAGCAGUAUGAGCUCCACAUUGAAGUGCAGCCCAAGCCACACCACAGGGCUCACUAUGAGACAGAAGGGAGCAGGGGCGCAGUCAAAGCCCCCACAGGAGGACACCCUGUUGUGCAGUUACACGGCUACAGAGGCAAGGAGCCGCUUGGCCUCCAGAUCUUCAUCGGUACAGCCGAUGAGCGCAUCCUCAAGCCCCACGCCUUUUAUCAAGUCCACCGCAUCACUGGCAAGACAGUGACAACCACCAGUUAUGAGAAGGUUAUCCACGGCACCAAAGUCCUCGAGAUCCCCCUGGAGCCAAAGAACAACAUGAAAGCAGUAAUCGACUGUGCCGGGAUCCUGAAGCUCAGGAACGCCGACAUCGAGCUGAGGAAGGGCGAGACGGACGUCGGUCGGAAAAACACCCGCGUUCGCCUCGUGUUUCGUGUGCACAUACCUCAGCCUGGAGGACAGCACGUCUCUCUCCAAGUGGCCUCGCAUCCUAUCGAGUGCUCCCAGCGUUCAGCACAUGAGCUUCCCAUGGUGGAGAAGCAGGACAUUGACAGCUGCUCAGUUCUGGGAGGCCAGCAGAUGAUCCUGACUGGGCAGAACUUCAGCUCUGAUUCCAAGGUCAUUUUUUUGGAGAAAACCCAGGAUGGGCAGCAAAUCUGGGAAAUGGAAGCAACAGUGGACAAAGACAAGAGCCAGCCUAGUAUGCUGUUUGUGGAGGUGCCGUCCUACCGAGACACGUCUGUCUGCCACUCUGUCAAAGUGAACUUCUACGUCAUUAAUGGCAAGAGGAAGCGCAGCCAGCCUCAACAUUUCUCCUACACACCACUGGCAUCUCCAUCCAUCAAGACAGAGCCUAUAGACGAGUAUGAAGCAGACCACAUGGGCUUCGCCAUGCCUCAGAUUUUGGGCUUAUCCCCUCAUUCCUACUACCACAGCCCACGCAGCGUCCUCCAUCCAGACAAUGGCCUGGUGUCCGGCAUGGCCUCCUGCCAGCGCCUCAGCUCCAGCCUUCCAAACCAGGAUGCACGUUUCCAGCAGCAGAGCCCUGCCAUCGUGUACUCCCGCGGGGGGAAGAGUCUGAGCGGCAGCCCUGGCCUUUAUCAUCAGACUGGAGGGAUGAUGCCCGACCCCCACCGGUCAGUCCUGGUCCACACGGGCUCCCCGGCUCAGCCUGUGGGUCCAAUCGGUGCAGGCCAGCACCCUUCCAUCAUCCAGUUCUCCCCCACCAACCACCACCUGCUCCGCGGAGGAGACCCUCAAGCUCUCAGUGCUCCGCAGCCCGACAGCCAGCAGAUCAUCUACUGCGACGGAUACUCCCCACAAGCAGCCGGCGCCCACUCACCCACCACACCCCCCCAGGCCCAGACAGCGGUGAGCCACCCUCAGCACUAUCCCACCGUGAUCCAGCAGCAGCCCUACGUGCAGAAGGGGCAGCAGCAACAGAAAGGCCGAGCUCCACCUGGCACGGGGCAGAUGGAGGCUCCAGGAGACGGACAGAGGAGGGUGACGGUCAAGGAGGAGAACUUGGACCAGGCCUACCUAGAUGAUGGUGAGUUGAAUGAGAUCAUAAGAAAGGAUCUGACGGGCGUUCAGGCCAGAGGGCAGACAUAGAGGAGGGACGCGGGCAGGAAAUGACAACAUACGUCCCCCUCCUCUUCCCCCUCCCUACGUUCGACACACACACACAGACACAGACACACACACACACACACACACACACACACAGUCUUCAACCUUCCAGCGAGGUGACGCACAUCCACCAACAAUCAAACCUUCUCUUCCUCAUUUUCUUUACCUUUACAGAUAGAAAUAUCAGCCCCCGCCUGCUGUCUUUGCUUUGGAUAUUUUCCUGCAGUAAAUAGUUUCAUCUGGCAAACAGAACGAUUCAUUCGACCCGUAGCGUCUGACACCAACACCCAGCUGGUUUCCAGUAAACCGACGAGAAACAACAGGCGAAUGUGCCUUAUCUUUUAGAUUUUUUGUGGUUGGACGUUUGGAUGCAGUCUCUUUUUAACAGAAUAUAGAGAUAAAACAAUUAAAGCAUUAGUCAUACUGUCCAGGCAAUAAACUCAUGCCUGUGUGCCUCAUACCAGUGAAUGACGGUUGCGUAGCGGUUUCAAAUUUAUGACAUGUAUUUUUGAAGAAAACCGGUUUAAUUUCAUACCAAAAAUUCAGUCCAAAGUGUCAAAUAUGUCUCGUGGGCGAAAGCUUGUCACCUUUUUGUUUGAUUCUUCUUGCACAACGUGUGUGUUUUAUCUGUGUGUACCUUCAUAUGCAGUUUUACAUGAAAGGAUUGUCCUAAGCUUACAUGCUGAUCAUCUCAUUUUAAGUGCAGUUUUCCAAUUGAAGUGAAGCGCACACUGCCUUAACCAUAUACAAAUGAACUAUUGUGACGCCUCCUAAUAUGCACUGUUUUCAAUAACAGGGGGUCCAUGUUAUUACUUUUUAUAUAAUAUUUGAGUCAUGUGAAUAAUGUACCAUUUUAUAUUCGUGAAAUAUAUAUUGCAUUAUAUUCAGGUUAUAAUGCCAAAGUGGCUUCGCGCGGGCCUGUCGUGCUACAGCGAUGGCCCGAGUCUGCAUUUUUUAAAUGAUUUAAAUGCUCGCGUUGAUUUUUUUUUUCAUUCAAUCGUGCAUUAAAAAUGAUUUAAAUAUGUUGCUCUGCCUCAUGCAAGCUGAAGUGAGAGAUUUGUACAUUCAAAUUUAAAGGUUUUCUUGCUUUUUUAAUCAAAUAUUUGUGUCUAUUUUAUUUGUACUGCUCUUAAAGUUGAUUGUAAUAACAUCUGUGGCUGCUUCCACAGUCCAAAACAAAAUAUUCCAAAGCUUAUACUGUGUGUAUUGUUUUGUGUAUAGUUGAGUCUAUCCAUAAUGACAAUCAGUAUACUCAAAGCGACAUGCAUGCCUAUGCAGAAGCUUCAUGCUUGCGGAUGUAAAGAGCAUACAUUUUAUUUUUUGUCAGCGUCAUUAUACUUUAUACACACUGUCAGCACAGUGAGGAAACACAGUGUGUAUAUCUCGUGCUAAUACAGCUUGUAAGUUGUAGUUUAAAACAAUAUUUUUGUAAUAUUUCACUGAGUGAAUUGGAGUACAUUAAAAGUGCCAAGUGCCAUUUUUAUGAUUGUAAAGAGAAAAAUCUUGCAAGUGAAGCGUAUAAUAGAAGUAAAAUAGAAGGCUGAAUCUCAAUUUCUAAUGUUUGAUAUGGACCUAUUUGAUAAAAAUAAGAUUUUAUUUUGUAAUAUUAGUAAAGCUAAUAUUGAUCUAUUAAUGAUAUUUCUCAUUGAGCCAGUGCAUUUGACAUAUCUUGAAUGUAAUCUAUAUUAAAUAUUUUUCCCCUUUUCUGUAAAUAUUAGAUACAAGGUGUGAUUGUCCAUGUGUUACGGUAAAGUUUAAGUAGACUAAAAUAGAAACAAUUUGUUGUGUGUCAUUUACCUGUCUCAUGUGUUUAUAGUACACAAUGUUAUCAUCAUAUCUUUUAUGUUUUAUUACAAUGUACAACUUUUAUUUUCUCUGAAGUGAAUUAUGAUACAAUACCAAAAACCUUUUAAGUGUCCCCUCCUUUUAUUUUUCUUUAUGCAUUUGUUAUUAUUUUACAGUCUUUAAAGAAAUCAUCGAUAAUGAAAAUGUUAUUAAUACUGUCUUAUUUUAUUUUCUGUGUUGAUGGUUGUCAUGUAUUUGUUUCAUUUUGAGUCUACUUUGUGCCUCCUUUAAAAAGUCUCUGUUUCAUGCUAUUUUUGUAUCCUUAAAAGUAGCAAUAAAUAACCAUAU